AUGGAAUACGAUAAUUUUAGAAACAUUGAAGAAGUAGGUAAAGGAGGAUUUUCCGUAGUGUAUAAAACAUCACAUGAAGUAUAUCAAGAAGUUGCAAUCAAGAUAAUAACAGAUUCGCAUAAAAAUAAAAAUCGUUUUUUAAACGAGGAUGGUCAUAUUUAUGGAGUCUUACCAUAUUUAGCACCUGAGGUCUUGAAGGGAGAACAAUUCACUCAACAGCGAUGA